AUGGAAGUGGUUGAGACUGAGUUGAGGGAAAAUCUCACCAACAUCACACAAGAGCGGGAUGAGUUCAGUGAUCACCUCACGGACAUGCAGAUGUCUUUAACCUCACAAGAAGCUCAGAUCAAUCGUCUGCUCAAUGACCUUGAGAUGGAAGAGUCCAAGAAACAGGAAGUUGAGAAAGAAAGAAAGAAGCUGCAGGAACAGCUGGAGCUUCUAACAGAGCAGCUCAACAGAUACGAGAAUGAGUCCAAGGACAUCAAGGCGGUGAAGAAAGAGAAACAACUGCUGGAAGCUGAGCUGACCGAGCAUCGUUCCAUGGCUCAGGAAAUUGCUGAGCUGUUGAUGAUUGUACAGCACAACCACAACAAGAAUACCAUUGAUGAUGAUAGCAGCUGUGCCACCCGCAGCGCUAAAAAUGAGCUCAAGAUUUGGCAGGACAACAAGACAGCUACCGUGGCGGAGCUAAAUGUCAACAACAAUGGCAACUGGGAGCUAAAUGUCAACAACAAUGGCAACUCGGAGCACAAUAUCAACAACAGUGGACUCGGAUGUGAGGGGAGUGUCACCAUGAUGGGAGAGCUACGGAAUCUGUUUGUCAACAUGGAUGGAGAAAUCCAGCGACUGCGCUACGAUCUGAAGCAGAGAGAUGCAGAUGACAAGACCUAUCAGAAUUUACAUGAUGAGCUCAAAGUUCUCAUGGAGAGAGUUGAAUCGGGUGUCACUGCCAACCAGGAGCUGUGUUGCCAGGUUAGCAGUCUGGAAGAGGAGAAGCGAAGUCUGAUGAUCAAAAUCAAUGAAUGUCAACAGACGGUUGCCGAAAGAGAGAGGCAGAUUCAGCUGUUGGAUACCAGACUCAAUGAGCGGAACCAUCAAGUCAUCUGUCUGCAGGAAGACAACAACGAGAAGACAGAAACUAUAUGCAACUUGAAGAAGCAGCAUUUGGAACAGCAACUGCAGUCAGCCGACGCAGGCAGAAGUCAGUUGUGUGAGCAGCUGGAGGCUGCAUUGAACAAAAUCAAAGAGCUGGAGGAACUACUGUGCCAAAAGGAGAUGACCAUUCAGGAUCUCAAUGAGCAAAUUGUGAAGCUGCAGAAGGAAUGCCGUGCCAUCCAGCAGAAGUUGGAGAAGAAGGUAGACUGCCUCAACCAGCAGGUUUAUGAGUAUGAGAAGCAAACAGAGCAGUUAUCAGCAGAGAAUGAAAACCUGCGUUCAAAACUUGGCAACUGCCUGAAAUCAUGUGAGGACUGUCGACGUCUGCUCCAGGUUCAGGAAAACCAAAACCUGGCACUGGAAGCGCAGAUAGAGGAACUUAAGACUACACUGGAGGAAAAGGAGAAACUGCACUGCAAGCUGCUGGAAUCCUACCAGCAGAAGAUCUGCAAGGGCAACGAGCAGAUCAAGAACCUGGAGAACGCCCUGGUCAUGUGCAGAAACGAAGUGAAGAUGCACAUGGAGACGAUGGAGAAAAUCAAGAACCAUUUUGAGUGUGAAAUACUCAAGAGAGAUGCCUGUAUUAAACAUCUGAAGGAAGAACUGAGGAAGUGUAGUGAAGACUUGAAGUGCCGUGCUAAUGAGAACUGCGUCUUGGAGCAGACCAAUGCAGAUCUUCAAAACAAGUUGGCCAACACCUACUCGCAGCUUAAGUGCUGUGAACAGAAUGGUAAUUUAUUGUCUGAAAAGCUGAAGAACACGGAGAACAUCAUGCUGAAGGACAAAGCCUGCUACAUGAAAGAGAAUGAAGAGAUGGAGCGUCGCCUGUCGCAGGCUCUCAACAGUCUACAGUGUUCACAUGAAGAGAUCAAUAAACUCAAGGCUGCACUCUCAGAGAAAUCUGGUGUGGUGGACUGCCUACAAGGGGAGAAAAACAGCCUGUGCCGUGACCUGGCUAAAUGUAAGGAGGUAGCUUGUACCCUGCAGGAUAAGCUCAACAAGAUGGAGAAGGACAACCAAGAGCUGUGCCGACAACUACAGCAGAAGAUGGAUUGUAUUCGAGAUAUGGAGGUCGCCAUCUGCAACAAGGAUCAGGAAGUGAAACGAUGCCAGCGCUGCCUCGAUGAGCUGCAGGAGAAGAUAAAACGAAUGAAUUCA